AUGAAGUUUCUUUGUCUUCACGGUGCCAUUGGCAAUAUUCAUAAUCUCAGUAUCCAACUGUCACCCUUGCAGAAGGAAUUGGAGUCAGAUAAUUCUGCUUCAUUCCAUUACAUCAAUGCACCAGUGAAGAUUACCCCUCCUCCAGGAUUUGAGGAAUACUUUGGCACUGGCCUACUUUAUCGAUGGGCAGACGAUGGAGGUGCUGCUGAAGAUUCUAUGAUCAGCCGCGUUCGUAAAAUCCCUGAGGGUAAUAAUCCCGAGGAUGUGAUGCGAGAUCUUAUCGGAGAUCGCGAUGUUGUCUGGCUGAAUUACAAGGAAGUAAUGGACUUUUUAUACGAAACAAUGGAGAGUGACCCCGAGAUUCAAGGAAUCAUUGGAUACAGCGAGGGGGCCUCAAUUGCAGCUACUCUUAUUUUAGAUGAACAGAAACGUCUUGCAGCCACUGGUCGUCCACGUCGAGUCAAAUGCGCUUUGUUUUUUACUGGUUGGCCUCCGAUGCAUCCGGUUGAUGGAGUGCUUCUCGCAGACGAGACUGACGUUAUGAUCGACGUUCCCAGUCUGCACGUCGUUGGUGCAAAUGAUCCUUUCCGACACGGUGCAUACGCUCUAUACAAUGUUUGCGAUCCUGAUACUGCGGCAUUUUUUGAUACAGGCAAGGGACACACCAUUCCUCGGUCUGGACUUGUCAUUCAUGAGCUAGGGGAUGCUGUUCGAGGUCUCAUGAACAAGGCAUUACACCCUGAAGAUCUCUAA